GGUGGUGUCUUUUCAGGAGCGACUCUACAUACAGGAACCCAAGACGAUCUGCGACUUUUAGGAGGUGUUUGCUAAUAUCGAAAUGGCGAACUUGUUCGCGAUCAGCGUUUUUCUUAUCGCAGCUAAGGUAGCUGAUGGUGAAGAUCACACACUGAGGAGGCAGAAGAGAGAAUGGAUCAUACCCCCUAAAAAACUCUGGGAGAAUAUGGAUUACACCAGUGAUGCAUUCAUUGCCAAAAUACGAUCAGAUGAGGAGACAAGGACAACAAUACGGUACUCCUUGGAAGGCCCUGGAGCAUCUCAAGAUCCGAAGGGAUUGUUCACCGUAGACGAGAAGCAGGGCACAGUGAAAAUCCACGGAAUCUUAGACAGAGAGAAAAAUCCUUCUUUCUUCGUCGAAGGGGUCGCCCGGUUUUUGAAUGGCAGCAAAGCUGAAAAGAACAUCCCACUGCACAUUGUGGUUCUGGACCAGAACGACUGCCCACCUGUGUUUAGCAUUCAGCCAGCUGGUGCUGUACCAGAGCUCAGUCCCACAGGAACCUCGGUAAUUAAAAUCACGGCCACCGAUGCAGACGAGCCAGACACACCAAACUCGUUGGUCACCUACAGCAUUGCCCAGCAGAUUCCAGCAGGACCCAGGAUGUUCCAAAUUGACCCACAGUCUGGUCUGAUCAGCAUCCAGCAGAACACUCUGGACCGAGAGGUUCAAGAGAAUUACAUGCUAAUCAUCUACGGCAGAGACAACGGCCCUGGAUCGAGAAACACUGGCACAGGGACAGUGUCCAUCACCGUUCUGGACGUCAACGACAACGUCCCCUUCUUAGAGAAGAGCAAUUACGAGGGCAGUGUGGAGGAGAACGCAAUAAGUGUAGAAGUGGUGCGUAUCAAAGCCAUUGACAUUGAUCAGGUCAACACAGACAACUGGCGGGCUGUGUACACGAUUAUCUCAGGUAAUGAGGCGGGUUACUUCAACAUCACCACUGACCACAGCACCAACGAAGGCAUCAUUAUGGCCACUAAGCCACUGGACUAUGAGGAGCUGAAAGCAGUUAACCUGAGGGUGGUGGUCUCUAACAAAGCCAAGUAUCACUCCUCGGUGGUGGUCCGAGAGCCCACGGUGUACACGAUUAAGAUCAGUGUGCUGAACAUGCCUGAGGGUCCUCGCUUCCAGCCUACUGUCAAAGUCAUCUCCAUUUCAGAGGACCACAAGACCAUCGACCUGAAGAGGGUCAUCACCACCUACCAGGCCAUAGACAGCGACACGCUCCAAACCGCCACCAGUGUAAAGUAUUAUAAAGGACUAGAUGUGGCCAACUGGUUGAACAUCGAUGCCAAAACUGCAGAGAUCAGACUUAACAAAGUACCCGAUCGCGAGUCUGUGCACCUGAUCAAUGGAACAUACUAUGCCCAAAUCAUAUGCAUCACUGACGAGCACCCAUCCAAAACUGCAACAGGGACCAUCGCAAUACAGGUGGAGGAUUUCAACGACCACUGCCCAGUUCUGACCAGCAUGACCCAGACGCUCUGUUAUGGAGAGAGUGUGCUGUAUGUCACUGCCAUAGACAGAGACAACUUCCCAAAUGCCGAACCUUUCGAUUUCAAGCUGGUCACGACAGACAAAGAGGGGGAGUGGAUCAUCGAGCGUCUCAACGACACAGCAACCAUUUUGCGGGCUCGGGAUCACGUGUGGCCUGGGCACCACAUAGUGAGUCUGGAGGUGCGUGACCAGCAGGGGAAGCUCUGCGACGUCCAGCAGCUCCAAGUGACCAUCUGCACGUGUAACGAGGCCAGAGUGUGCAAGGAACAGGGACGCAAGGCGUCCGACGUCAUUCUGGGAGCAGGCGGAGUGCUCACCAUGCUGCUAGGACUGUUGCUCCUGCUCUUGGUUUCACUGCUCCUGCUGUUCUGUGUGUGUGGCGGGGCAGCCACUGCAGCAGGCUUCCGGGCCUUCCCCACAGACCAGACACAGCACCUCAUCACCUACCACACCGAGGGAGUGGGAGAGGACAAGGAAGUGCCUCUGUUGCAGAUCCCUCUGGAAGCCCACAAGACGACUCAGGGCCAGGUCGGGUCCGGAGAGAAGGGGUGGGGGUGGGGGGGUGGGGUGGAGGAAGGUCUUCUCACCACGAGAGAUGAAUGGGACUCAGGACACCAAAUCAGUGACGCUUUUGACCAGAGGGUUACCAUGGCAACGAUCAGGGGGAUGGGUGCUUUCUCAGGCAUGGCACUGUCUGAAGGUUUUUUGGGCAACUACUACUCGAAGAAAGCCAAGAAGCAAAUGGAGCAGCACUUUGACAGUGAGCCCCUGAGAGUUUACGAUUAUGAAGACCGGUUCUCUACCUCGGGCUCUUUGGAGAACAUCUGUGAGCAUCUGCAGGAGGAAGACAACCUGGCAUUCCUCGAUGACCUCGGGCCAAAGUUCAAACCCCUCGCAGAGCUCUGCUGUGGCACGGCCAUCGAGACCCAGAUCGGCGCUGCCGUCGAACCCCCGCCACCAAAACCAUUCAGACCAGUCCCGUCUGGCGCCCGCAUUGACGUCGGCGUGCAAGGUGCCAUGGGUGGGGCACGCGCGGCGGCAAGCAGCCACGCCUCUGUCUCCGCCUCCACCUCCGCCUCCGCCUCCACCUCCGCCUCCACCACUCGAAUCGCAGCCAGCGAUUAUCAUGAAAGCGGCGGCGCAUCAUCGCCGGCCGUGCUCACCCAUGCCGCCCGGGUACCUGGCCACACCCUCCUCCUCGAGCAGCCGGCCGCGUACUACACCUCGGCACCCGUCUACGUGAUGGAGCAGCAGGCGCGCCCCACCUUGCUGCUGGCCGCCAGGCCGGUCGUGGGCGUGCAGGAGAAUGUGGUGCUGGUAGACCACAGAGCUGCAGGUGUGGCCUUCCCCACCCCACAUGCCUCCGCCACGCUGGAGUUAAAGCGCACGCAAACCCAGGCGAGGGCAGCGGGCCGGUCGGCCACGGAUACCGGCGGCAUGUUGGGGUUCCCGGGCCUGGGGAUCGCCUCCGGCUCCGGAAGCGUCCGGGUGGUGGAGAGUGAGCGUGUGCAGACUGUCGAGCCUCUGCUGGUGAGGCAGAGUGCCUCACAAUCCAGCACAAGCGUGGGAAAGAUCAUACGUGUGGGCGGGCAUGUGGGCGGGGUCUCCGCAGGGCUAUGGGACGCAUCCACAUCCCCAAAUGCUGAUGUAGCAUCGCAGCAGAAUGCAGUGGGUCUGACUGUGCCACAGGGCAGCUCUCACCAGCAUGCCCAGGCAGAGAGAGUUUCAGUCGUCAAGCAAAGCUUUCAGUCCACCUCCACCUCCUAAUACACACACACACACACACACACACCCUUACUUUCAUGCAUUCUGAAGGUUGUGUUCUGACAAGCAUACCAUGUUGUUUUAAGUACAGCAUGGAGCAGGUACUUUUUACGAGCCUGAUUCAUAUACUUAGAUAAGGUCAUUUUUACAUAUUGGUUACCAUUUCAUGUAACAGAUAUGUUACAUGCGUGUAUCAGAAACCAGCAAGUAAACUUGGUCUCUUUUUAAUUCCGAAGCCAACAACUGGCUUAGAGAGAACACUGAAUUUUUCUGUAUUGCUUUCUGUAUUAAAACAAUUCCACAACAUAAUUCCCCACACAUACACACACAAAAAAGUUCCUGUUUUUAAUAUUAAACUCUAUACUCCAGAUGUUAUAUACUUUAAAAAUAGUUGAAAUGAAAGAAAGUUUCAGCAACUACACUCUAGUGACAUCAACUGGCAGAUCACAGAUCAGUCUGGAAUAUUAAAAAGGUUUUUUGGUUUUGGGGUUUUUUGGGUUGUUUUUUUUUUUGCUUGUUUGUUUUUUUUGUGAAGUAUGGAUGACUUUUAUCUGUGCUGAGUGUGCUGACAGUAUCACUCCUGCGCACAUUUCAGCUUAGUGCAGUAAGACCGUAAACAAUACAAACGCUGGUUUCCCCUUCACGCAGGAAACAUGGUUUUCAUUUAAACACGGAGACAAAACCCUGCGUUCACCUCUGUCCUUCACCUGUCUUUUGCAGGCGAUACCCAUGUGUGGAAAUCCCUGUUGUGUACAUUCCCUCGUGGUCUUUAGUCACAUUGUAUUCUCUAGCUGUGACUUCCAACCAACGGCAAAUCCAUCACACAUCCGUACUGUCUUUACCAGCGUCUCAUUCAGUCCUCUGUUUCUACAUGUGCACUAACUAGUAUACUGGUACAUCUGUCAUCUUGGACACACCAGUGUCACUCUGUAAAUGCAAAUAAUUUUACUCCUUUAAGAGAUUUCUAACAGAAAAUGAUUGUUUUGCGGUAAGCGUAUAACUAGAUAACUUGUAUUUACCAGGUAUAGGGUGAUCGGUUGCUUCCAACUGCUGUGAUUAACAUUUAUUUACUGCUGUAGCAAUAUUCUGGGUGGUGAAGUGGUGCAUUGUGGGUGUGGUUGACUUCUAUUUGAACGAUUAUGUUCAGAAUAAUAAGAGAUUCACUUAUUGUUUUAUUGCUCUAUCAAUUUGGGUUUCUUUUCCCAAAAAAGCACAGAUUUGACAACAGGACUAUCUGCUUACAUAGAAAUGAAACAAAUAAAUAGACUAUGAAUAUUUGGGAUAGAUGAAAUUUAAACAUGCACUUCCUUUAAAAAAGUCAUAAAAAAUGAGAUGAAAAUGUAUCUUUAAAUUAAAAGACAUCAGAGAAGAGCCUCCACAAAAUAGUGCUGCAGCUGAGAAAUUAUUUGAUUGUUUGGUCGUUUCAAAAAAGUUGUUUAUUAACACUAACAUUAAAAUAUAUAUUUUUUUAAUUACUUUUGGUUUGUCUUGUGUAGGACAUGUUUCUUAUAAAGUUGUCAAAAAAUGAAAAAAAUAUUUCUGUACUGUGUGGUAAAUCAAGAUAUAGGAUGUUUUAUUGUGUAUUCAGUUUUACUGAUCUGAUAUGCAGUGUAUUCAAGAUUAACUGUUAUAUAGCAGGUGUAUAAAUUGUCUAUUAUGGGGCAAAACAUAGCUGUGUUUGACUUUAUGUGAGCCAGGAAAUAUGCCAUACAUAUUGUUUUCGUGGACCCAGAUUAAGCCUAAGUAGUUUUCCUGGACCAGAUCAAGCCUAAUCUAAGAAUAAAAAUAACAUUCAAUGGGGAUUCCCCUGUGGCAGUGUGGUUUAGUCCAAGACUAGACUUAAUCUAGGUCUUGGAAAACAGCCCUAUGAUUCAAUGGUUUGUAUCAAAACUCUAACAGAUAUAAAAGUGGUGCACUUUCUUGCAUAAUGGAGGAUUGUGGGUAUUGUCCAUGCUGCUUUGGUGUUUGAGUUUCAAAGCUGAUGAAUGAUGGAACACUGAAAUCAAUUUUGCAGUAUGAAAAUGUACCUUAAUUUGCAUCCACUUCCGACUGUCUUAUUGACCAUGCUCCAUUACCCAUCAGCCCUAGAGGCUGUGUGAUGUCUAAUAAAGGCUUUGCUCAGACUGGUGAA